AUGCACUCGGAUCGUCGUGUCGCUCCAGCUGCGGUGUUGCUCUUCGAGCCCUGUCACAGCCUGGUGCAGGAGCACGGAAGCUUCGCCUCCGGCACGGAUCGUCAACGUCGCCUGAGCUUCGCUUCGCCGCACUGGCGCCGCCUGGCGCGGCUGUGGGCGGCGCUGGAUGCGGUGCACCGCUUGAACAAGGCGGGACGUAGCUGCACCCAACGGGAGCUUUUCUAUCGAGCCAUCUCAGAUUGCCAGGAGCUGUUCGCGUGCCAGUCUAUCAUGGAUAAGGCACUGCGUGAUGCGGUGGGUGCCUUGCAAAUCAGCCGUCCGCAUUUGGGCAUUUUCACGGCGGAGAAGGGCUUAUUGGCAGGCGACGUCACGUUCCAAGAUCCCACGUGCUACGUCUCCAGGGCUGCGCAGGGUGCCAGUGGGACGUCCAUCGGUGAGGCGAUGCUGGAAGAUGACAAGUGCAUCCAGGUCUCUGAGAAGGCCAAGUGGGUUUUGGUGGUUGAGAAAGACACGGUCUUCCAACAUUUGUUGCACAGUGGUCUGUUGCAGCGCCAUCCCUUGAUUCUGAUCACGGGCCGUGGCUAUCCGGACAUCUUGACGCGGCGCUUCCUGCAGAAGCUGCAGCGGAUUGCCCCCAGGCUGCCGCAGCUGUACUUGGGGGAUUUUGAUCCAGAUGGUGUGGCCAUCUAUCUGCUUUACCUCACCAGCUGCCCACAGCUGAAGUGGUUGGGCCUGCACUCCACGGACCUGCCACAGCUCAACGCCGCCACGGCAACGCCGCUGCGGCGCCGCGAUGCGGCGCUGAAGGCGUCGCUGCUGCGGCGUGAGGAGCUGCAACGGAGGCCGAGGAUCGCGGAGGAAGUGGAAGCCAUGAAGAUGAAAUUCAAGUUGGAGGCGCUUCAUGCCGGAGAUGGAGAUCAGUCACACAUGGCCCUGACUUUCAUUCCUCAGAAGAUCCAGAACUCCUCCUGGAUUUGAGGGCUCCAAAGUCCGUCGACUUUGGACUUUGGCUUUGGAAAGAGGUCUGAAUGUGUUGGACGUUUCUAAAUGUACUUUGUGCACCAGGGAAAAGGUGUGCAAAUUGCGCACGAAUUCGAAAUGGAUGAACAAGAUUGAACAUGCAGAUUUGAUUAAAUUCGGUGAAUUCAGAGAGUGACAGUUGCACAGUAAACUUCGGUGCAUCAUGCUCUCCAGUAAUCCUAUCUUGUUGGUGGAAAAUUCUCCAAAAAUGAUGGUGCCCAAAACCCG